AUGUAUUCCGCGCCUGCGCCUGGGCAAGCGCCCUGGCAAACCCCUUCACCUUCGUACACAUCACUUAACAACCAGAAUGCUUACAUUUCAGUUCCUGCGCGCCAAAACCUUGGAUCGCAGUCUGGCCUUCCGCCGCCACCUACCUAUGUACCUCCAUCAGUUCCUCACUCUCAAUACCCACCGCCUCCGCCCGCGCCGGCCGUGGCCUCAGUCCCACCACAACAGACACCCAAGAAGAAAAUAAGCUGGUCUCCAGAUGUCCGUGACUACGUCAACAGAUCUUUUGCUCAGGUCAGCGCCAUUCCUGGAGUUACCAAAGAACAAAUCGAAGUCCGACUCAAGGAGAUUAUAACGGAAGCAACUCAGAGCGGAAAGCUGGACUCGAUCAACUGGAAAGAAUUGCCACUCCCUCAACAAAUGAUUCACGACGAGCGGACCCGUGCCCUCUUUGCUCCUGUUCCCCCUCCAUCUUAUGUUCCUCCUGUGCCUGCUCCGGACUUUUCCAACUCGGCCUACCAGCCUCGCACAGACGUCCCUCGUAAACGCAAAUCUCAAGAGCUCGCGAACGAUGUUGAGUCCGCCACACCCACACCGCCCUGGAGGAUGAACGCACAGCCCUCUGGAUCUUUCGCAGACCGUGUUUCCUUUGCUGCUUCCGAAAAGCGCCCCAAACUUGACAUGAGCUCAUCCGUAAGUAAAUCAAGCGCUAGUUUAGAGUCACGCAGACGGAGGUUCGAGGCCAAUCGUACUGGGUCAAACUCGCCGCACACACAAGACUCAUCUAGAGGCGUGACGCCCGAGCCAAAAAUAACUGGACCUAUCGUUGGGCGCAGUCAGAAGCUGGAAAAGAACUACUUCAGGUUGACUUCAGCCCCAAAUCCUGAUGAUGUGCGACCCCUGGAAGUAUUGCGGAAAACUCUCGAGCUGUUAAAGAAGAAGUGGCGCAGCGAAGGCAACUAUGUUUACAUAUGCGAUCAGUUCAAGUCUCUGCGGCAAGAUCUGACGGUCCAACACAUCAAGAACGAUUUCACGACCAGUGUUUACGAGUAUCACGCUCGAAUUGCUUUGGAGAAGGGUGACCUGGGUGAGUAUAACCAGUGCCAAACGCAGCUAAGGGCGCUGUACAAGCAGAACUUGGGCGGUCACCCGGUGGAAUUCAAGGCUUACCGCAUCUUGUACUUUAUUCACACGUGCAAUCAGACUGACAUGAACGAUGUUUUAUCCGAUCUAACCCCAGCAGACAAGAAAGAACCCGCCAUCAAGCAUGCCCUCGCGGUCCGUUCAGCUCUAGCUCUUGGGAACUACCAUAAGUUCUUCAAGCUAUAUCUCACUGUUCCGGAUAUGGGUGCCUACUUGAUGGACAUGUUCGUAGAACGGGAACGACUCGCCGCACUUGCGUGCAUAUGCAGAUCGUACAAACCGGACGUUCGGUUACGCUUCGUUACUGAAGAACUCGGCUUCGAAUCUGAUGAAGAAGCUUGCCAAUUUAUUCUUGACCACGUACCUGAAAACAACACUCUACUAGAAGAAAGAGAUGGAGACGUCCGAUUCCUCAGUGGGAAAGCCGGCUCGAUCUUCCACCUUGCAAAGACGAGAGCGUUCGGGCAAGUCGAUAUCAAGGGGCAGAUUUGA